AUUGUAGGCCCGUGUUAGUGACAGGAAACGCCCCGAACCCCUGCUUCUUGCUACAACUGCCUACAGUUACCCAGCGAGCCACUCUCUCCGCCGCCAUUAUUCACCCUCCAAUCCUCACUAUAAUUUUACUUCUGCCUCAAGUUGGGCUCUUGACAUGGCGGCCAGUCAUCUCCCUCCUUAAACCUCGCAUCAUAUUGUUUCUCAUAACCACACCAGGCAGGUUCCUCACGCGUCAAACAGCAGACUCGGAGUGCAGUGAGACAAGACACGCUGUCGAGCGUCAUACUCGGUUUGCCUUUCUUUGGAACCGCUAUCUUAUCCAUCGCCAGUAUUAGUGGUGGUCCAGCUUUUGUUUGCUCCGAGCCAGAUCAUUCGUUGCGCGCACGGCGUGGAAGUCAGCCACGGACCAUGGGUCUUGAACAUCAAACCGAGAAACGCGUCAGGUCCACCUGCCCAGCAUGCUUAAUCUCGACUACAAUUUGAACUCGUCACGAUCAGAAAGGAGAUUUAGCAGGCACCUGGUGGGAGACUUUACUUUUGCAAAAGAGCGAGCCCGGAUUCGCCAGAAAUUAUUUUUGCAGAGGAACCUCGACCAGGUUUUAACCCAUCACCAAAAGCGGAGUGAAGUGGGAGCGCCGCCUAUAGACAUCACGGGGGGCAUAUUUUCUGUGUCGCGCGACCGGGGCAGAUCGGUUGGGGAGGCAGUAACAGCUGCCAGUGUGGCUGGUGUUGGUGCUACCGGGAGGAUUUUUGGCGGCGGCGAUUCGACAACUUCAGAAUCUCACCUCGCGCGUGAAAGAGCACCUCCGAACAUGGAUUCAAAGCCGCGUCCCGAGAGGUCUACUCGGCGAAGCAUACGUGGGCUUCUUGAAAAAGCCCAUGAAGAACCGGAAGCAGAGCUCGUUUUGGACUUUAACAAUAUCCGAAAAAAGCUCAAUUUCAAGACCAACAUCUUGGACGAGAGUUCGAGACCUGCGAAACGUCAAAAGCGUGACACUAUAAAAUGCCAGUGUCACUUGACUAUAUGGGAUAAUCGAGUUGGUCAUGAGGCCGUCUUGAUCACAAAGUCGACGUACUGUCGGGUAACAUCGACAGAAACAGAAUCCAACGGAUAUUUUGUCGACACCGAGCUGGAUAAGCCGUUUGUUAUAAAGGCUGAUGACCUCAAAGUUUCCAUUCCUAUCAAGGAUGGGUCUAUGCUGGGCUUUACUGACAAGUACUUUCUCGAGAUCAAAAUCAUCCCAUGUCGGAAUGGAAGUCUAUGGCCACCAAUUCCGCUCCUGGGCAAGAGUGACGGUGACCAUUUUGCACCGGAUGCUAGGAAAACGGGGGCCGAGGACCUGCAAGGUGCGGUGGUUGCAAGGUAUACACAUCUGCCACAAGCCCCGGAUCCCGAUGUGCCUCUGAGUGUGUUUUUUCUCUAUGAAGGACGAACAUACAGGACGAAAUACGGCCUGCAGGUGUUGGCGACAUGGCAAAAAUCGACCACGCCAAAGAAAACGACUAGACCUAGGACAAAUGGCCUUGAUCUCGAUUCGUUUCGCGACCAGAAACCGAAUGGUGCAGAACCGUCGUUGGGGUAUAAGAAGGACGUAAAACAUACGACGGUGAUCGAGACACAUCAACCGGAAGUAUGUUACAACUUCUCUCCGCUACUCACAGGUCAGACACAGGAUUUCCGAAACGCAACAGUCAAGGGUUACCGAUGCCCAUUAUGUACGGUGUGGAAGACGUCUAAGCUACAAAAUCUACAGUUUCAUCUAUCCACGAUGCAUUCAAAGUACAAUUUCUCGGUACAGAGGCCACGACCAGACCCUACCACAGCCAGUUCGGCUCAUAUUCAAAUCAAAGUCGAGCCGGGGAUACAGCCUCUGAAGAAACCGGAAAAGGACACCAUGGAUUUUGAAUGGCACGCGCCAGCUAGACCAUUUGAUCUGACAGCCUAUGUUGAAGGCGACCACAGCUGGAUUGGUGAAGAGAGCUUAAAGAAAUGCGCGCCUGUCGAAUCUCCAGUACCGACACCUACCGGUGUCAAGAAAUCUAAAUCAGGAGUCCUUCCGGUGCGAAACGUUCCAGAUUUCCGGAAGCCUCAGCGCAAAAAAUAUCGAGCCAUCCGACUCGAGUCCAAAUAUGAGGAAGAGGAACCGAUGUAUACUUCGGUCAGCCAUCGACCAGUAUCGCCGAGCGAAGAGCCUCGCAGUGAGACUGAUGACGAGAUCGACAAUGACUGGCAAAUUCAGUUGCAUAUGGAAAGGUUAGACCUGGCGGCCAAACGUGAAGGGUGGAGUGACUACGAGCGCGAACUGCGGAAACGGUGGGACAAGCAUCGAAUGGAAGAGCAGCUGGAACAUUCUCACUACUUGUCUAACAGCCUGAUUCGGUUUGUGCGCAAGCAUCGCCACUGGAUCAAGAAGGGAGAGGACGAGUUGCUCACGACCUUUUUCGAGUUUCUCGGCAGACUGAGGGACCAGAAUGCCAUCGACGACAAUGUUGUCUGUGAUGUGAACGAGCUUGUUUUCCAAGACUCGCCUAAACCGACGUCCAUGACUACUCCUCCUCCCGCUGCUUCCCCGUUGAAACAGUCUUUGAAAAGCAGUCCCACAGAAGUGCCACCGUUUACCAUGAUGACUAGGAGACGUGGUCGACGACGCGAAAUCGAGCCGGACACUGAUUUGGGUUCGGCAACGCCGCGGACAAGUGGUACCGCAACACCAACACUAAGAGAAAAUUUCCUCGAGUCAAAAUCACUAUCAGAUUCUGCAAAACCUGCUUCGUCAGAACAAACACCAGCAGCCACCGUGGGCGGAAGUGAUAAAAUCGAAAUAGUCAACGUGACUUCUUCCACUCCGCCAUUUGUGUGCGGCCAUUGCCACAAGAAGAUCAAGUCGCCUCUGCAGAAUGCAAUCAUGUGCGCUGAUUUCAAAUGCCAGACCCCUCGUCUCAUAUACCAUCGUCGAUGUGCGUCAAAAUUGGACCAAAUCGAAGGGAAGGGUCUGGCCACUUGUGGCGGUGUCGGAGGCGGCAGUGGUACCGCUUUCGGUCCGAGCACUAGUACUAAUUCUGGUUCUGGUGUUGCCAUUGCUACUGGCAACAAACAGAGCCUGAGUCACAACAAGGCGAAAGGCAAAGAUAAGGCUGCUAAAAGUGUUGAUCUCCCUGUUACUAUCUGGAGGUGUCCGACGUGUGUGAAAAGACAGAAGGCGAGAUCUUCAAUGAAGGCCCCUGAUACUAGUAACUCGAUGACUGGCGCAGCUGCGACGGAAGCUGCGACAACAGCAGCAGCACCAGCAGCACCACCAGCAGCAGCAGCAGCACCAGCAGGAACAGCGACAGCAAAAAACUCGACAAUGUCAACGACGGGGGCUACUAUUGCAGCUCUGCUACGCGGCAGAGAGCUGAGCUGAGCAGGCAGCCGAAGAAAAGGAGGAUCGGGUAGGGGUACUGGGGAAGAGAGAUGUCAAUCAAUGAUCCAUUGUCUGGAUAGUCUGGUAAGUCAGGACGGAGUGUUAACAGGGGACGGACUGUUCAGUGUUCGCAGGGCACCGUGGACGGGUAUCAUUUGAUACAUUUAUGCAGCUGAAGUUUCCCACCUUUUGGGUUUUCCGUGUAAACAAUUACUUUGCUAUUACUAAGAAUGUACAGUACACAGCGGUAUGGCAUAUUUAUACUGCGGAGAGAUUGCUUCCUUGUGAUAUAACUGUUGUAUAGUAUAUAAUAUGGACUUAUCUGUGGCUGUUAGGUGACCUGUAGAUUGUACACCUCCAAAUUGCAAACUCGAUAAUCCCAAUAAGGAC